CUUCGAGUUGACAGCACGGACUCGAAUUCGAAUCGAAUCUGUUACGAUGCAGAGCCAAACACUUAAUUGGGGCAUUGCAGCCGCUGGACGGAUUACCCAGGAUUUUGUCACAGCGCUGGGCACAAUUGGGGGUUCUCAUCAUGCUGUGCUCGCCGUGGCGGAUGUGGACGGUUCACGUGCCCAGGAGUUUGCACAGCGCAAUCAGAUAGUGCGUCACUACGAUGGCUUUGAGGCGCUCUCCUUGGAUCGUGAGGUGGAUGUCGUCUAUGUGGGCACACUGAAUCCCUUUCACUAUGCCGUCGUUCGGCUCAUGCUGUCGCGGGGCAAACAUGUGCUCUGCGAAACGCCGCUGUGUCUGGGCCUGCCACAGGCAAGCGAGCUCUACGCCCUGGCGGAGCAGCGUGGCCUUUUCCUCAUGGAGGGCAUGUGGAGUCGCUUCUUUCCUAGCUACGAUCGAUUGCGCGAACUGCUGCUCAGCGAUUGCAUUGGCGAAGUGAAGCUGAUCAAGUUGCAGCACGGGUUCCGUUUGGCCAAUGUGGAGCGCGUGGCCAGCCGUGCGCUGGGUGGCUCCAUUACCUUGGACAUUGGCAUCUAUGCACUGCAGCUGGGUCAGUUUGUCUUUGGCACGGCGCCGGUGAAGAUCAUUCCGAGUGGCACUCUACUCAAUGCUGAUCGGGUCGAUGUGCAAACGGAAUUCAUGCUGGAUUACGGCGACAAUCGUCGUCUGAUGGCAGUUAUUACGGGCCUGGAGAAUCUGGAAAAUGAUGCGACUAUUGUGGGCACCAAAGGCGAGAUUAAGCUCUCCAACUACUGGUGCUGCACGCAACUGACGCGCUCCAACAAUCCUCCGGAGUCCUGGCCGCUGCCUAGUGCCAAGUUUGAUUUCCACUACACCAACUCGUGUGGACUGCGCUUCGAGGCGGAGGAGGUGCGCAAAUGCAUCGAGAAACGGCUGCUGGAGAGUCCCAAAUUUACCCAUGCCGAGAGCCUGGAACUGAUUGCCCUAACGGACCAGAUCCGCCUGCAAAUUGGCGUCAACUAUGACGAUGUGCUCAGCAGGCAGACGUAGACAGGAAUCUCUUUAUAUAUAUAUAUAUAAAUUACUUUCUUGGCAUACUAAAUUAAAGAAUCUUAUUUACUGGAAUACUGAAUUUGUAGCUUAAGCGUAUGUCUGGGAUUUCCGAACUUAAAUCCUACUUUGAUAUAUUUACAAUCUUUUUGAAAAACAGUUCGCAUUUAUUGUCAUUUGUUAUUGAUAAUAAAGAAUCCUUAUUAAAGAUUA